CGAAAUGGGUGCAAUCCUAGCCCCUGGUCACAAGACGCCCAUUUCCACCGGUGCCCGCCACCCCCCCCACUUUACAAUGCCAGUACCCGCUGUACCUGUGGUGAUCAUAAGCGUGGUCACUGUAGUGGCUGUUUUUGGUGUUUGGUACUACAUGAAGCAGAUGGACGAGGCACGUCUUGAUUCAUGCACCAAACCUUCAGUGAAGCGAAAGCAGAAGAAUCCUAAGCAACUCGCGGAACCGAUUCAGUCACCCAUUGAACUCUCCUCGCCGGAUGCCAAGGAUCGUGCAACCUCUUCAGCUUCAAGUGACUCCGUUCAAAAGUACUCUAGCCAACUCCGGAACAGGCAUGCAUUUCCAGCAAGUGCUGCGAUGACGAACCUUAACGAGUCGGACUCACACACCUUUCAAGUUCUGCAGACGCCCCCAUCACCCAGUGCAGGAAAUGCAGAAAUUUCGGGUCAUCGCGACCAGAUUAUACCGAAUCAGAUACAGAGAAGGGGUAGCCCAACCAAGGCUCACUUCAUCAAAAAUCUGGUGGAACUCCAACCGAACACGAACGCCGAUUCUCCUCGCUAGUCCGUUCGGUCAAACAAAGAUGCCAAUACGUUUUUGGAAGGUUCAGAUGGUUUCGAAGGGAUCACCCUAGCGCCGCUUCCCAGCGGGGGUGUUUCGAGGUCCUACUACAUGAGUGACCAAACACUAUCGUAAGGUGCUGUAUGUCGAUAAUGUCCCACUCCUCCAUGCCACCGUCGCUCGCCUGCAUGGGUCGUUGGAUGCUCCAUAUUCUCGUUUUUCAGGCUCCCUUGCCUACCCUCCUUUUCCUCAUCCUCCAGGGCUCUCACAUCUUAUUGCCUACCUUUUACCCUCUCAUCUUGUUAUAUGGUC